CAUACGCCAAUCAAUGGCUCAAUUGGUAGGUAACGACGAUAUAGAAUCAUUAGGAAUCGAGCUAUCCGAGCUCGGAAGGAGUUUCAGAGCCUCAUUUCGUCGUCACACUUCAAGCUUCCGAAAUCUCAAUUCCAGUUUAAACACUUCAACAAAAACAACCGAUCUUGAAUUUGAUGAAGAAACCGUCUUACAAUGGGCUGCAAUCGACAGACUUCCUACAUUCGAACGAUUAAGAUCAUCCUUAUUCGACCCAAAUCAUGAACCGAUCAAUGGUUCUGCUAAACGAGUGGUUGAUGUCAGGAAACUCAACUUCGUCGAACGUCGUAUGUUCAUUGAAAAACUAAUCAAACACAUUGAACAUGACAAUCUACAAUUGUUACAAAAUUUCAGGAAACGUAUAGAUAAAGUCGGCGUAGAAUUACCCACAAUUGAGGUUAGGUAUCGGAAUCUUCGAGUUCAAGCUGAUUGUGAAGUAGUGCAAGGAAAACCUCUUCCAACUCUAUGGAAUACUUUCAAAAGCAUGGUUUCCGAUUGUACACAUUUGAUGACUGGUUUAAAAUCAAAAGGAGCCACUAUAACAAUCCUGGAUGAUGUUUCCGGCGAGAUCAAACCUGGAAGAAUGACUUUAUUGCUUGGUCCUCCAAGUUGUGGAAAAACAACUCUUUUGAAAGCACUUUCAGGGAAUAUAGACAAGUCUCUCAAAGUAACAGGAGACAUAUCUUACAAUGGUUACAAACUGGAUGAAUUUGUUCCUCAGAAAACCUCGGCUUAUAUAAGUCAAACCGACCUUCAUAUACCCGAGAUCACCGUAAGAGAAACGCUGGAUUUUUCUGCCCGUUGCCAGGGAAUUGGAAGUCGGGCAGAUAUUAUAUCUGAAGUAAUUAGAAGAGAAAAAGAAGCUGGAAUUCUUCCUAAUUCAGAUAUAGACACUUAUAUGAAAGCUGUUGCAGUUGAAGGACAAAACACAAAUCUCCAAACAGACUAUAUCUUAAAAAUUCUCGGACUCGACAUAUGUGCUGACACAUUGGUCGGAGACGCCAUGAGAAGAGGUAUAUCGGGUGGCCAAAAGAAAAGAUUAACUACCGGUGAGAUGAUAGUUGGACCGACAAAAGCUCUGUUUAUGGACGAAAUAUCAAACGGAUUAGACAGUUCCACUACUUAUCAAAUUAUCGUUUGUCUUCAACAACUGGCACAUAUAACCGACGCUACUGUAUUAGUGGCAUUGCUUCAGCCUGCUCCCGAGACAUUCGAUCUCUUCGACGACAUAAUCUUGAUGGCAGAAGGGAAGAUUGUGUAUCACGGAAAGCGCGAUUCCAUUCUUGAAUUCUUUGAACAAUUCGGGUUCAAAUGUCCUGAAAGGAAAGGAGUAGCUGAUUACCUCCAAGAGGUUAUUUCAAGAAAGGAUCAACAACAAUACUGGUAUAGAACUAAUGAAACAUAUAGCUACGUUUCGAUAUCAGCUUUCUCUACAAAAUUCAAGGAAUCUUAUAACGUCGGGAAAGACUUCACGAAAUCGAAUAGUAUCAAGCAAGAAGAAGCGAUAUCUUUUAACGAGUAUUCUCUUUCGAAAUGGGACCUAUUUAAAGCUUGUAUGUCGAGGGAAGUUCUUCUAAUGAAAAGGAAUUCAUUUGUUUACGUCUUCAAAACAGUUCAGAUUGUCGUGACAUCUGUCUUGACAAUGACUGUGUUUAUACGAACGAGGAUGAAAGUUAACAUAGUGGAUGCAAAUUAUUACAUGGGUGCUCUGUUUUUUGGUCUAAUCAUCAUCUUCUUUGAUGGUUUUCCUGAAUUAGCUUUUACAAUUGGAAGAUUACCAGCUUUUUAUAAACAGAGAGAUUUGUAUUUUUAUCCUGGUUGGGCUUAUGCUAUUCCAUCUACUAUUCUUAAGAUCCCUCUUUCAAUGAUGCAGUCUAUUAUAUGGACAUCUUUAACUUACUAUGUAAUCGGAUACAGUCCAGAACCUGCAAGAUUCUUUCGUCAGUUCAUUCUUCUUUUCGCACUUCACAUAACAGCAACGGCUCUGUUCCGAUUCACAGCAUCAGUUUGUAGAACAAUGGUUGCUUCUGCAAUUGUUGGAACUCUUGUCGUGCUGUUUGUUUUCUUGUUUAGCGGUUUUGUCAUUCCCAAGACAACCAUGCCGAGUUGGUUGGGAUGGGCAUUUUGGAUUUCACCUUUGACAUAUGCAGAAAUAGGAAUUGCGGUUAAUGAAUUCCUUGCUCCAAGAUGGCAGAAGGAUUUUAUUGGGAAUGUGACAAUUGGGCAUCAAACUCUUAUAAGCCGUGGCUUAGAUUAUCAAGAUUACUUCUUUUGGAUAUCGAUUGGUGCUUUAUUUGGUUUUACAAUUCUUUUCACCAUUGGUUCUACAUUAGCCUUAUCUUUUUUGAAACGUAAGUUGAUUUGCAAACAUUUAUUUACUAUUGAAACUCGGGCUAUUAUUUCGAGCGACAAAUUAUCUGAUCAUGAUGAUGACAUAAAUCCCAAGGCUGCAACCGAAGAAGCUCGUAAAGGUAGAAUGGUUUUACCUUUUGAACCACUUACUAUAGUGUUUCAAGAUGUUCAAUACUUUAUCGACACCCCUCUGGAAAUGAAAGAAAACGGGUUCAAUGAGAGUAGACUUCAACUUCUUCAUAGUAUUACGGGCGCAUUCAGACCAGGCGUAUUGACCGCACUUAUGGGGGUGAGUGGAGCUGGAAAGACGACACUUCUUGAUGUUCUUGCCGGAAGGAAAACUAGUGGUUUCAUUGAGGGUGAAAUCAAAGUGGGAGGAUAUCCUAAGAUUCAAGAUACUUUUGCUAGAAUCUCUGGUUAUUGUGAGCAAACCGACAUUCAUUCGCCACAAAUCACAGUUGAAGAAUCAGUUGUAUACUCUGCUUGGCUGCGGCUGCAUCCUGAAAUUGAUGCGAGAAAUAAACUCGAUUUUGUGAAAGAAGUAUUAGAGACAAUUGAACUUGACGAGAUUAAGGAUUCCCUUGUCGGGAUUCCAGGCGUUAGCGGAUUGUCAACAGAGCAACGUAAGAGGCUCACGAUAGCAGUGGAGCUUGUCGCAAAUCCUUCCAUUAUUUUUAUGGACGAACCAACAACCGGUUUGGAUGCAAGAGCGGCUGCAAUCGUUAUGCGGGCGGUUAAGAAUGUGGCUAAUACUGGAAGGACAAUUGUUUGCACAAUUCACCAACCGAGUAUCGACAUUUUCGAAGCAUUCGACGAGUUAGUUUUGUUGAAAGUCGGCGGUCAAAUGAUCUAUUCCGGCCCACUUGGUCUUUGUUCGAGUAGUGUCAUCGAAUAUUUCGAGGACAUUCGUGGCGUGCCAAAAAUCAAAGAUAAUUACAACCCUGCGACAUGGAUGUUAGAGGUCACUUCUACAUCUUCGGAGGCUGAACUUCAGAUUGAUUUUGCUCAAGUUUAUAAGAAUUCCGCCUUAUAUAAGGAUAACACGGAGCUAGUGAAAACCUUGAGUAUCCCGUCACCAAAUUCAAAAGAUUUGCAUUUUCCAACACGAUUUUCACAAAACGGUUGGGGACAAUUCAAAUCGUGUCUUUGGAAACAAUACUUGUCGUAUUGGAGAAGCCCUUCAUACAACCUAAACCGAUCUUUAUACCUCGUGUUCGCGUCGUUGCUUUUAGGGGCUUUAUAUUGGGGUCAAGGGAGGAAAAUACAUGACCAACAAAGUCUCUUCAACAUGCUUGGAGCAAUGUAUUCGGCUGCUCUUUUCUUGGGAAUUAAUAAUUCGUCAUCUGUUUUACCCUAUGUCACAACCGAGCGAUUUGUCUUGUAUCGCGAAAGGUUUGCCGGAAUGUAUAGUCCUUGGGCAUAUGCCCUUGCCCAAGUCGCGAUCGAGAUACCUUAUCUAUUGGCCCAAGCCAUUGUGUUUGUGAUCAUCACAUAUCCAAUGAUAGGAUUCUAUCCAUCGGCCUACAAGAUUUUUUGGUACUUUUAUUCAAUGUUUUGCACAAUCUUAUACUUCACAUAUCUCGGGAUGCUGCUAGUUGCGGUCACGCCUAGUUUUCCAAUCGCAGCAAUCCUACAAUCAACGCUAUACACAUUGUUAAAUCUCUUUGCGGGAUUUCUCAUUCCUCAACCGCAAAUACCAAAGUGGUGGAUUUGGUUGUAUUAUAUGACUCCAACCUCGUGGACAUUGAAUGCGAUGCUUACUUCACAAUACGGGGAUUUGAAAAGGACGAUUUUCGUUUUUGGAGGGCAGAAAUCUGUGGCGGAUUUCCUUCAUGAUUUCUUCGGUUUUCACCACGACCGUUUACCGUUAACGGCAGUUGUUCUACUUGCUUUCCCAGUUGGUUUCGCGGCUCUAUUUGCAUUAUGCAUAGAGAAAUUAAACUAUCAGAGGCGAUAAAAACAAUUUUACUAAAGUUUUUGUCAUCCCUUUAUCUUAUGGGGGUGACAUCUUAUUCUUGUAAUUAAAAUGUUUAACUUUGGCAUUAAUUGUUGGUUUAGAUGAGCAAAUCUACUACUAAAAUUAAAAUGCUUAACUUUUGCAUUAAUUGUU